AUGGGUGAAACAAUGCUCUCCAUUGAGUACGGCCCAAAAGUCGGCACCCAGAAGGAAUCCCACCUCCAGCUCUGGCAAGAUGUUGUGAAUGCACGACCAAACGCAACAGCCCUCAUCGCCAAACAUCAGUCACCAUCCACAUUCCGCUGGGUCGGAAGUCAACAUGUUGACACACCAUACGUCCAAUGGACCUUUGCAGAUCUCGACCGAGGAGCCAGAAGACUGGCCACUGCCUUGAAUAGGUUGACACACAUCGACCGUCGACCGAUCGCAGCUCUUAUCAACAACCAAGCAGAAUGGGCGCUUCUAUACUGGGCUUCGGCCUAUCUUCAUUCGCCCUUUGUGCCCAUCAACCCGAAGAUCGCAACGAGGACCGAGGAACUCAACCAUAUGCUGGAUCUUGUUGGACCCGCGGUUCUGGUCAGCGCAGAUCUGCAGAUUGCAAGUCAGCUUGAGCAGAGCGUGUCCGAGAAGCUUAUGUCGUCUAUUGACGUGAGAUUAACCUUGUCAGCAUCAGGUGCGGAGACCUCGCAGACAUGGGGUCUUCUUGGAAAUGUCAUGUCCGGCGAGCCAACACCACCAGAUACGCCAGAUGUGAUGUCUGCAGACGACACUAUAGUCAUCCUCUUCACUAGCGGAACGACCUCGCUUCCGAAACCUUGUGCUUUGACCAGCUUUCAGUGCUUGAACGCUGCGCUUGGAUACAUGGAUGCCCAGAAGGUUAAUUCGAGCCAUCGAUUCGUUCAGCACCUUCCAGGCUUCCACUCUUAUGGCAUUGGCUGGUCGCUGGGUUUCUGGUUGAGAGGUGGAACAGUCAUCUUCCCGUCCGACUCUUUCGAGGCUCAGGCCACGCUCGAAUGCUUCGAUCAGCAUGGAGCAACCCACAUGGGAUUGGUUCCUACCACAGCACAGGCGAUCUUGGCGCAUCCAGCAUUCGCGAAGACAGACCUCAGCACACUGGUCAGCAUCGACAUUUCUGGCGCUGGAGUGUUGCCGAGCUUGGUGGAGGCUUGCACAGCUGCGCUGAAAGUUCCAUCUAGCACCAGUUAUGGCAUGACCGAAAGCCCUGGCACUGCAGCAUGGGGUGUCGAUGAAGGAUCUGUCCUCCGUGAUGGUGAGGUCAUGUCUGGCCGACCUGUAAGAAACACUGUACAGAAGAUCUGCGAGCCAGACUCCAGAGACGCCGUGCCCCGUGGGCAAUUGGGUGAGCUGCACAAUGGUGGGCCGCAAGUCAUUCUGCGAUACAUGGACCCAAGAGUUUCCACCAAAGACUUCUACCAGGACGAAGAUGGCACCAGAUGGAUCAUUACCGGCGACCAAGCAGUCAUGGACCACGACGGAGCUGUACGAAUCACUGGCCGGUACAAGGACAUGAUCAUCCGCGGUGGUGAGAACAUUUCUCCCGCUGGCAUCGAAGACUAUCUCAGCAAGAAGGAAGCUGUAUUCCAGGUCUAUGUGGUGGGCGCGCCGGACGACAUGGCUGGCGAGGUGCCGAUCGCUGUCAUUACGACAAAGGAAGGCCAGGAAGCAGAUAUCGCAGCGCUGAAGCAAGACGUAACCCGGGAUCUUGGGGCAGCCUUUGCGCCAAAGCUGAUUCUCCAUCUGAACAAAGACCUUGGCUUGGACGCUUUCCCAAGCACAGCCUCCGGCAAAAUCAGAAAGGUCGAGCUUGCCAAGGUGGUCAAGGAGUAUCUGAAAGCGCAAGCUGAGGCUGGCCUCGACAAGUCAGGAUCCACGAUCGAUUCUCUUCUUGGCAUCUGGAAGAUGAUCAGUGGUGCCGAUGGACUUCUGCCUUCAACUACAAUCGAUGCCUUUGCAGACUCGCUUAUGAUGAUGCAGCUUUCUGGCAUUGUUAAGAAGGAGUUUGACCGCGAUAUCACAGUCGAAGACUUCAAGUUAUGCGAGAGUAUUCAGGACCAGGCAGAUCUUGUUGAUUCCAGGCCACUGAGGAGUGCCGUGAUCACCAAGCCCAGACGCGAAGGCCCGCCCGCUUUGCUCGACAUGCCUCAUGCGAGGGAAGACGUUGAGGUAUACGAGCGAACACAGCAUGCCGUGGCUGACAUGCUGGCGCCACUCGGCAUGAAGUGGGACGAUGUCGAGGACGUUGUGCCACUUCCAGAUUGGGACGCCAUCUUCUGCCACCGCAUUCGCCCGUCUUCGUGGAACCUUCGCUUCAGCUACAACGCGCCAGUGGGUGUUGAAGCUCUGGAGAAAGCCAUCAGAGCGUCGCUGGAGUUCCACCCAACGAUGAGAUCAAUGGCACUGGACCAAGAUGGCGAAACACUGCUCGUCACUCUGCGUAGCACCGAGGAAUGGUGCAAAGCAUCCAUCACGACCGGCUGGGAGGUGCAGACCAAAGAAGACCUCAACACCCUUGUGCUGAACGACCCGAUUCUCGAUAAUGCCAGCGCUCCUGGGCCGCUCGUCAAGUUCCAUGUCGCCAAGAUCCUGGAGGACGGUACAUCCGGUCUCGUGCUGGUCGCAUCGCACGCAGUCAACGAUAUGAGCAUGACCAAAGUGUGGCUGGAGGAUAUCGUAAAUCUCCUGACCGGCGAAGCCACGCCAGUGCAUCACGCACAGUUCAAAGACUAUGCCACAGCCUUCUUCGACCAUCGCGAUGGCCUUGAAGCCGACAACGGCAUCGAGUUGUUUGCCAGGAAGCAUCAAGGUGUCAGUCUAGUCCCCGAGACAACUUUCUGGCCACCCCAAAGAGCACCCGAAUGGUUCAAAGGUGUCGAUGCAGGCUGGUCAAGGUGGACAGGAACCAAAGCCAGGAAAGGCGAACGCUCGGUUGCUCAGAGUGAGAAGGUCAAAGCCCAGGCCGGUAUCCGCAGAGCAGUCAAGGUUGACGACCUACAAAGGCUCAAGGCCGAGUACAAUGUGCCAGUCUUCAUGCUAGUCAAAGCCGCCAUCGCCAUCCUCAACAUCUCGAGGACUGGUGGCAAAGAAGCAAUCUUCGGAACCAUCAACGCCGCACGGUCGUGGCCAUUCAGCUCCGACUACAACGCUCUCGAAAGAGAAGCAUACACUGGCAACCCGUUGGACAUCUCCGGCUGCACAACCGAGUACGUCCUUGACAGAAUAUCCGUCGGCAGCUCAAAGUCAUUGCUAGCGUUCAUGCAGCAAGUAACCAAGGACGAAGAGCAGAACUCUGCAUACGCCCACACCCCCAUCUUCCGCAUAAUCGACCGCCUCCGGGAUCCCAUCUCUGCGGACGAUACUAGAACUUUCGCAGAACGCGAGCGGGACGCCGCGUCGUACUUGCCACUAAUCAGGAGGCAGAGUUUCAACUGGCUACCUACUGCACCGACUGCGCAGAACCCAAAGGGUCUCAGGUUCCAGCAGAUGUUGACUCGCAUGGACAAUGGCCUGACGAUUACGGGAUUCUUGAUGGAUGAUAAGCGCAGUGUCGCUUUGGGCUUCAGCUGGGAUGCGGAGCAUUUGAGCUUUACCGAGGCUGAGAGAGCGCUUAAUGACUUGACCGGUCUUGUGGACAAGAUGGGUAAGGAGGAGAAUUGGUCAAAGUCCGUGGAAGAGCUCUUGCGGAUGUAA